ACCCUUGGGGGAUCCUUCGAAAGAAGGCAAUAUUGAUAUCUGCAAAAAAACUACUGAGUGUUGUGUAUCCACUUUGGCAGAUUUAUUGGAAGAUGACAGAUAUUCUGAAAGUAGCACUAAAUCAUCAGGUGAAGAUGAAGAGAAGCAGCUAAAAUAUUCCGACUCAGUGACAAUUGUUAUAAUUGAUGACACUGAAAGCAGCGAUACAGAUUUAGAAUCGCCGAACAGAUAUGAAACAUCUAUAACUUAUCCCAUUGAGAUUUCAUAUGCAGAGAGCUCUUUGACCUCUCAAUCCACAUCGGAUUCACAGCAAUGCCAACAUAUCUCAGAGGACUCUUGCACUUCCGAAGCAUUAUCGACCGAAAACGAGGAUAAAGUGGUACAAGAGAUCAACGAAAGUUUUAUGCUGCAAAUAUCAACUCUCGAUUCCAUUCUGGAAGAGGAGGAGGUGUCUUCCAAGUCAGUAAGCGGAACAACUGCGCGCUCAACAAUUGAGGAAUUCCAUCGCUCUGGAAAUAUACAGAAAUCGGAUGGAUUGAGCCAAAUAGAGCAACGAAAAAAAGAAAAGUCAGAUGCCUUAGUUUUAUGUGAAUUGUCACCUCGUCUCGCGCUUUCCGCUGAAAAAGUGAAGUUGCAAUCAUGCGAAGAAAAACUUGAGGAUUCAAUAUUACUCGAUAAUCCACUGGCUCAAAGCAGCAUGAUUCAGUCUGACGAAAUGAAUCGAUCAUUAAGUGCGGCCAAAAAGCAGAUCGAUGAACUGAAACAGCUACGACAGCUCAAUUCUGAACAAUAUGAAACAUGUCGAGAACGCACUAGAGAACUGGACGAUCAAUCAAUUUUGGAAAUGCGGACACAAUUGCGAGCAACGGGAAAUCAAUUGAGCAUUGCAAGGGCGCAAAUUGUCAAACUGAAAAAGCAGAUAAGCGAAACAAAUGACGCUAAAGUAGAUAGAAAUACUUUUGAGCAAUAUGAAAAUAUUGUAAUCAAGUCGCAGCAAAAGGUGCUUACUUUACAGGCACAAAAAGAUGCUUCUGAACUGAAGCUGGCAUCGCAAUUAGCCAAGGCCGAAAGAGAUCAGGAAUUGGCGCAAAAAAAUCAAGAACUUGCCAAACAACAACUGGAAGAAAUUAAAGCACAAGUGGAAAAACUGAAAGAGGAACACCACAAAGAAGUAGGAGAGCUGCAAGAGCAAAAGGGUGCGCUUGAAACCGAAAAUGAGGCGUAUCUUAAAGAUAUCUCUACUCAUUGCGAAUCCAUCAAGAAAUUCAAGAGGCAGGUUGCAAGUCUGCAAGCAGAUUCAAUCAUUAGAAGUAGAAUUCAAUCUGAAGGAAAGUCAGCUGAAGAAAUUGAGAAAUUGAAAAGUGAUUUAAAGAAAUCUGAAGAGCAGUUUAAAGUGUUUAAAGAACAAUUGCAAAAAAAUGCAGCACAGGCUGGUGUCGCAAAGACCAACAACUAUGCCACGGAAGCGACCGUGCAGGUGAAUCGACCAUUCAAGCUGCAUCGCUUGGACGAGGGACCCGAGACCACAGUGCAACUGACCAAGGAUGAGGCGCUCAAAUACUACACACAAAUGCAGACGAUACGUCGCAUUGAGACCGCUGCCGGCAAUCUGUACAAGGAGAAGAUCAUUCGUGGCUUCUGUCAUCUGUAUUCGGGCCAAGAAGCCUGCGCCGUUGGCAUGAAGGCAGCCAUGCGUGAUGUCGACAACAUCAUCUCAGCCUAUCGCGUCCAUGGCUGGACCUAUCUGAUGGGUGUCUCGCCACUGGGCGUCCUCGCCGAAUUGACGGGCAUGCAGAGCGGCUGUGCUCGCGGCAAGGGCGGCUCUAUGCACAUGUAUUCCCCCAAUUUCUAUGGCGGCAACGGCAUCGUUGGUGCCCAGGUGCCAUUGGGCGCUGGCGUUGGUCUCGCCUGCAAGUACAAGGGCAACGGUGGCAUGUGCUUGGCCCUCUAUGGCGAUGGUGCUGCUAACCAGGGCCAGGUAUUUGAGGCCUACAACAUGGCCUAUCUGUGGAAGUUGCCCGUCAUCUUUGUCUGCGAGAACAAUAACUAUGGCAUGGGCACCAGCGCGGAGCGUGCUUCGUGCAACACGGACUACUACACGCGUGGCGAUGCUCUGCCUGGCAUUUGGGUCGAUGGCAUGGAUGUGCUGGCUGUGCGCAGUGCCACAGAGUUUGCCAUCAAGUAUGUGAACACGCAUGGACCGCUGGUGAUGGAAACGAAUACUUAUAGAUAUUCGGGUCAUUCCAUGUCCGAUCCGGGAACCUCGUAUCGUACACGCGAGGAAAUCCAGGAGGUGCGUCAGAAGCGUGAUCCCAUCACAUCCUUCAAGGAGCUGUGCAUUGAGCUGGGUCUCAUUACCACCGAUGAGAUUAAGGCCAUCGACAUGAAGGUGCGCAAGGAGGUGGAUGAGGCCACCGCAAUUGCCAAGACCGAUACCGAGCUGCCAUUGCCCCAUUUGUGGACCGAUGUCUACUCGAACAACUUGGAGCGCAAGAUUCGCGGCACUAUUGCCUAUGAUAUUGAUCACAUCCAGGAGCGCAAGGGUGUCAAUCAUUAAACAAUGAUUUUACAACGAUUUGAUCAACCCAAACACACAUACACACACACACACAAAGAUAACAAGCGAAAUCUCUAGAUGUUAAGCCCAAAAAGUGAAAGUUAGAAAAUUUUUGUUUAUGCGAUAUGCUUAAUUAUGUAGAGCUUCGUGUAAACACACGUAAACACACACACACACACAUAGACACACGCGAAAAAGACACAAAAGAACGUAGCUAACCACGAAUAUGGAUACUCUUUCUACCCAUACCCAUAAUCGACAUACACAAUCAACACUCAACAUGGGCCAGGGCCAGUGGCAAAUAGCAACAGGAAAAGCAACGGAUAUUAUUGCAUAUGAACGUGUUCAAUAUGGUUUAAAGCGAGGUGUAAAUUUGUUGAAAUAUAAACUACAAACAUA